AUGCUCGAUAUCAACUUGCUGUUAGAAGACCGUGGUGGUAACCCGGAGAUGGUCAAAGAAUCCCAGCGAAAGCGUGGUGCUUCCGUUGAACUCAUUGAUCAAAUCAUUGCCGAGUACAAGGAAUGGGUCAAAACUCAAUUCCAAAGCGACCAAAAGAACAAGGAAAUCAAUGCCAUCCAAAAGGAAAUUGGCAAGAAAUUCAAGGCCAAGGAAGAUGCCAGCGAAUUGGUCAAGCAGAAGGAACAACUUCAAAAGGACAAGGAGCAGUUGGUGGCUCAGGCAAAAGAAGAGGAAAAGCAAUGGAAGCAAAAGCUUUCCACUGUUGGAAACUUGGUGCAUUCUUCUGUUCCCGCCAGCAUGGAUGAGGCCAACAACGAGGUGAUCCGUACUUAUGACCACAACGAUGUGAAGCCUGUGAAGCGCACCGAUAUCUUGUCUCAUCAUGAAGUGCUUGCCCGUCUUGACGGUUAUGACCAAGACCGUGGUGCUAACGUGGCCGGUCACCGUGGUUAUUUCUUGACUGGUGUGGGUGUUGACUUGAACUUGGCAAUGAUCAACUAUGGUCUUAGUUUCCUCGGUCGUCGUGGCUAUAAAAAGCUGAUGACCCCUUUCUUCAUGAAGAAGGACAUGAUGGCCAAGACCGCUCAGUUGGAACAGUUUGACGAGGAACUGUACAAGGUCGUUGGUGAUGGUGAUGACAAGUAUCUUAUUGCUACUUCCGAACAACCCAUCUCUGCUUUCCAUGCCAACGAAUGGUUCGAGAAGCCUGCCGAACAAUUGCCUAUCAAAUAUGCUGGUUAUUCCACCUGUUUCCGUAAGGAAGCUGGUGCUCACGGCAAGGAUACCUGGGGUAUUUUCCGUGUUCAUCAAUUCGAAAAGGUUGAACAGUUUGUGUUGACAGAUCCUGAAAAGUCUUGGGAAAUGUUCAACGAUAUGAUUGGCCACUCUGAGGAUUUCUUCAAGAGCUUGGGUAUUUCUUACCGUGUUGUUGCCAUUGUUUCGGGUGCUUUAAAUAACGCUGCUGCCAAGAAGUACGACUUGGAAGCUUGGUUCCCCUUCCAAGGUGAAUUCAAGGAACUUGUUUCUUGCAGCAACUGUACCGAUUAUCAGUCGCGUCGUUUGGAAAUCCGUUGCGGUGUGAAGAAGAUGUCGGAUCGUGAGAAGAAGUACGUGCAUUGUCUCAACUCCACCUUGUGUGCCACGGAAAGAGCUCUCUGUGCUAUUCUCGAGAACUGGCAACGUGAAGAUGGUCUGGAGAUUCCUCCUCCUUUGGUCCCUUACAUGGAUGGUCGCACUUUCAUUCCAUACGUCAAGUCUACUCCUACUAGCAAAUAA